CUCAUUUCUCUGUCUACAGGUUGUGAGGUAAGCUCUAUAGAACACAAUACAUGCACAUUUUGUAGGUACCUCUAGGUAAGAGCCCUCUUUUUGUUCACUCCUCUAAAUUUUUCAACACUAUCAAUUGCAAGUCUCGGCUUCAGAAGCAAUUCAGCUUCAACCUCGCUGGCAUGCUGUACACUAAUCUGUUUUUGGAUGCCUCGUCCCCUUCUGGGCCACCGUCCGGCAGGCGGAACAAGGGUGUUUGCUUCCCUCCUGGUCAGGUCACAGUUAUCAGGCCUGUCAUCCCCCCUGGAUCUUUGAGGUUCCCUGGCGGCGGCCUCAACGCCUCUUGUCGGCCCUAGCGCUUCGUCCGUGGAACCUUUUGAUAUAUCCCCCAAGACUUGAAGAUCAUUAUCAAAUACGAAUUUAGGCACUGGAAAAGUACCCAAUGAUGGCAUGCCAGAGUAGAAGACGAUGAAUGAAGAUCACGCGCCCGCCACGUUGGUCUGCUAUAGCCCAAAUCGAGCCAAAGGGCUGUGAACGCGGUGCUCUUUACAGAAGAUAGAGCGUACCCUGAAGGAGACUGAGGCGAGGGGGAGGGGGGUACAACGGGGACUUGGAUUCUCUUCAAGACGUCCCCCACAAGCUCCCCGAGCUUUCCCAUUCUCAUGAAAAAAAGCGGAAUCAGUCUAAGCCAUGAUCGGGGUCAUCAAUAAGCCAUGAAAAAUGGCUUGGGGAUUGCGGCCCCUCAUCUUUCAUACAGUAUCAAUCACACUGGCCCCUUUGUGGUUCUGUUGCGGGCCCCGGUGGUCCACUCUUCCUAUGUUCAUGUAUGCUAUUGACGAAUCACACGAAUCAAAGCUUAGCUCCAUCCCCAGCAUAAGCUCGUGCUCCCGCCUUCAUCUACCUCCCUCCCACGCCUGGCUCAACGGCUACAGAGAUCACCAAAAUAAUUCCAUGCGCUUAUUGAGAUUUUGCUUUUCAGUCUUGUUCUUCCACUCCUUUAAGUCUAUCUGAUAACCCCAUGCUUGGGAGAUGCGUUCAUGUCAAGAACACACUCGUUAACGAUGGCAAACAUAAAGCCAGAGGAUUCGGAAACUUCGAUCUGGCAGGGCUACAGCCUUCAGCCACCUAAUCCAUCAUCAAAUCACCCUCCACCUUACGAGUCAAACUAUGUCGCUCCUCCUUUAUCGAUUCCUUAUCAUGGUCGAGCACAGAAAGGUACAUAUCGUUCUAUGGACAUUCCUUCCAUCCAUACUCGACCAACGCCACGAGAUGGAAGUGGGAUCUUGACAGCUUCCCCACCUGGUCUCAACAGCCACCACAGCUAUCCAUCGUUGAAGAGAGCUUUUCAUUCCGGGGAUGGUUUACCUUACGUCGAGCAUGUACAAGAUUUUCGAGAAGAAGCAACAGUAGAUCCGAAACCCGCAAUCAAUCAGGAUCAUCGACUGCUAUGUUUUGGCCGACUUCCCGAAAAACGAACGAUUUUAGAUCACCAAGGACGAGUACAGCAAAUUGAGCUAGCAGCGCAGAUCCAUGGGAUGUUUUUUCUAUCAGAAUUGGCAACUCCAUCGAAUGAACCUCAUCUUGUACAACCCGAGCUAACCUGCUAUCGACGCAAUCUCUUUCAAAUUUCUGGUAAUGUCACUACGCCGCGGGGCCCAUUAUUCCUGAUAACGGACCGAGGGGAGAGGGUCCCUAUCAACGCUUUGGAGGUCACUAUUUCGGCCACUGAAUCAGUUGAUGGACAUGUUGUAAAACUCAUUGUCAUCCCUUGGAAAACACCUCCUCCAAAUUCCCCAGAAGUUGGACCUGGUCAGGAAAGUGAGCCGACACCAAUACCACUCGAGCCUUUCGAUGACGGUCGAGACGCCAAUAGCGAUUUUACUGUCUUUCCUAUCGCCUAUCGCAGGCUUCAGUUCCGGAUCGCAACAGCCAACAAUGGACGCAGGCGUGAACUCCAACAGCACUUUACAUUGCACCUUAAUGUAGUUGGGACUUUAGCGAAUGGCACCAAAGUCAACGUGUGUGAGACAGCAACUGCGCCAAUCGUCGUUCGAGGUCGCAGUCCUCGCAAUUUUCAAGCACGGAAGGAAAUUCCUCUGGUUGGAUCAUCUUCCUCGCGAGGACAGCCUCCUGAGCUUCACGUUGCAACGAGCAACAUGUCAGUUGGCAUCAGUGGUGAUGGGAAGUCGGCCAAGUCCUUGAGAACAAGUGCCCUUGAGCUCCCACGCUCUCCAUUUACCUUUGAUUCUUCAAACAUUCCUGGAUCCCCGUCACUGGUCCGGCAGUCGUAAGUAAACCUUUCAUUUGAGCCUUAGACACUUGGAUAGCGGCAACGUUUGGUGAUUUCCCGAAACCAAGCCCUGUGACUCUCGUAGAAACAGACCUGCCAACGCUAUAGCUGCUUUUAGCGCCUGGACUGACAUUGGUUAGGACGUACCCAAGCUGGACUGCACAGCAUGCGCCAGAUCAAAGUACAGCACCAGCUACGUCUAGCUAUCCUGCUCCUACUGUCAGUUUGGACAGUUACCUUCACGUUAGCCAGCCCAACAACACGGAAAAUACUCAUACUUCUUCGCACCCACCACCAGUGGUGAUGGCGCCUUCUCAGGCUCCGCUCCGACAAUCACAGUAUGUUUAUCAUCCAGCUUCGGGACCUCCUGCUGGAGUCUCUUCUCUCCGCUUUAUCGACAGCAAUCCACGGCCUGCGAAAUCUCCACGCCACGUUGCGCCUCCAGAGCUCCCAACUGGAAGUUACCAUGGCGAAUAUGCCAAUUCGACACGGUUUGCGCCCCCAUAUAGCGGGCCCUCGGAGCCUGUGGCAAUGCCAGCAAGAGGACCAGAUUAUUUCCCCAAUCCGGUGCCAAUCCACCCCUGGACGACGGGGCCUGAUACUGCAUCGGUUUAUGGGACUUCGGCGCAAACCGCACCAAGUGUUGCUCACUACGAUUUCCAUAACGAGACGCAGUACACGAAGGAAGAGCCUCAGCAGCAGCAGCAACAGCAUUAUACCUGGAGCCAACAAACGCAAGGAUAAUCCAAUCAAACUGGCGCAACAAAAGAACAGCAUUCAUUACAUGGUGUCAUGAAAUGAAACGGACGAGAGAGGAUCAAUCAACAGGAACGACAUUGAACGACGCGAAAGAAGGAAUCAAAAUUGCAUAAAAUCAGAAAAGCUGCGAACAUGAUUGCAUUUUAGCUCUUUUUUCGAACCAACCACCACAUUUAAUUUCAUGUACAUCUCAUGUAAUAUUCAACCCAGCGGUGUUGGGCAAAUUAGGGUAAGAUAUGGGGGCAUUUUAUUGUGGGGAUCGAUGGAGUAUGGAGUGUUGGGAUAUGAUCUGAUAUGAU